UUUUUUUUUUUUUUUUUUUUUUGGUUCUUUUUUUUAGGAGCUGGGACCGAACCCAGGGCCUUGCACUUCCUAGGUAAGCGCUCUACCACUGAGCUAAAUCCCCAGCCCCUGCCCCCCAGGUCUUAAAAGUGAAGUAUUAGAGAAGGAAAGCCUGUGAGGAAGUGGUGUUCAGGAGACUCCACUGCUGCUGUCUUGUCUGUCUAGAAGCUCCCAGAGGGAGAACUAAGCGAUCUCUGAGGUGGCUGCAGUUGAGGGCGAGCCCUUUGGGUGAGCAAGAAGAGGUGCUAUUGCAAUCUAUCAUGGCAGCUGCUCCUGGGCACCGAGGCCUGGGAGUCAGGAGGAACAAAUAGAAACCCCGCUUUGUCUUUAAAAGAACUCUCAUGGGCUGUGGUGACUGCUCAGUAAAGUGCUUGGUGUGCAAGCACGAGGACCUGAAUUCUCUCCCUCAGGCCUUGAACACUUGACAUCCUCGUGCUGGGAAGACAGGUAGACAGGACCCUGAGGCUCACCACCCAGACAGGCUAGCCUACUUGUGAGCUUCAGGACUGGAGAGGCCUUGUCUCCAAAAAAAAAUAGACAGUGCCUGAGGAGUAGCACCAGCCUUGUUCUCUGGCUUCCGCAUGUACGUGAACACACACACACACACACACACACACACACACACACACACACACGACUGUAUUUACACAUGCUUAUACAUACAAGAGAAUUGGAGGUGAGAGAUUGAGUGGUUUAAGACAAGGCUUUCCUUUUUUAAAUUUUAUGGAAAAUAAUUAAAAGGCUUACAGAAAAAUCAUAAACAUAGCAAGGAACACUGGUGUCUUCUUGACCAGCAUUUAUUUAUUCUCUUUGUGUGUGUGUAUCUGUGUGUUUGUGUGUGUAUCUCUCCCUGCCUCCAUGUGUCUCCAUACACAAACAUAGGGUUUAUAAAACAUUUGUACAUAUUUGUCAGGGUGGUGUAUGUUUAUUUUACUUUCUUGUUUUGUUGAGACAAGAUCUCAUGUAGAUCAAGCUGGCAUUGAACUUCCUUAAACUGAUGAUCUUACCUCCCAAGUGCUAGGAUUACAGACGUGGAUACCACACCUGACUACAAUGUGUAGUUCUUUUCCUUUUUGAGAUUUAUUUUAUUAUUUUUAGUUAUGUAUAGCAUGUCUGCAUGUGGUUAGGUGCAUAGGAAUGCAUACAGGCCAGAGGUAUUGGAUCCCCAGAGUUUUUGAGUUCUGGGAACAAAACUUGGAUCCUCUGGAAAAGCAUCAAGUGCCCUUAACUGCUGAGUCAUCUCUCAGCCCCCACUGUGUAUUUCUAAAGUUUCCCUGUGUCAGUGUCUCUCCUGCGAUCUGAGCAAUAAAGAGGCUGAAGCAGGAAGGAGCAGCAGGUUAGAGCUUAGCUAGAACUCCACAGGGAACAUGAGACUGCCAUGGACUGAAAAGGGAGACCAUAUCCCCAAACCACGCAGAGGGACAAGGUGGAGAUGGGUAUCCCCUUACCGACUCACAUAAUUAUCAACUCCAGUAUGUCAUCUUAUCUAACUGUCCCCUUCCAUUUGUCAGUGGGGCUACUCUCCAGAGCCCCCAGUCUAGGUCAGGGUGCUGUCUGGACUCUGGAGCCCUUUGCUCUGGACCGUUUCCCUGGUCUUUUCCUUGGCUUCUGUUGCAUUGGCGCUGGGGAAGCAGCAGUCCUCCUUUUGAAAGUGUGCUACUCUCCAUGCAUGUUUGGGGUUGGGCUCAGGCUUUUCAUCCCAGGCUGAAUGUUCCCCGGGGAUUGAUGUACUUCUCCUAGGACAGCACAUCUGGAAGGGCACCGUGUGGACUCAGGGAUUCUUAACCCUGGAAGGCUACUGGUGUCUCUAAGCACACCCUCAAAAUUUAGGAGCCUACUUGGAUUCUGGAGCGCAGACCUGCCUAAGGCUGGUCAGAGGCUGGCUAGGUGAGGCCCACUCUGGACAAAAUCCCUGAAGGAUCCUCAUAACCUGUGCGUCAAUGCAACUUUGAAAUCAGAUCCACACACUCACAUUAGCAUCUUCAUAAAUAGGGCGCCUGUCGUAUUUUUAAAAAUUUACACCGUCCCUCAUACUCAGGUAGGUUUAAAGCAGGUUAUUGAAAGGCGGAGAAACAUAAAUAAGAAAAAUGAAAAAAGUAGAGACUGAAAUAGAUUGUGAUUGAAAGAAAAAUAAGAACAAGCCAAACAAAAGCCAGGGGAAAGAACUAUCGUUAUGAUAUGAUAGGUGUGAUAGAGCCUGUCAUGGCCACUGUACCUCCAAGCUGCUGGCCCCAGAUUGUCCCUGGCUUCCCAGCAGCCCACGUCAAAGAGAGACUGCAGCUUCAUGGCUUGUGUGCUGCUACAGCCAAGAGGCAGAGUUAGGGAAUUUAUUAAGUAAUGUUCUCUGUGUGCAAAAUACUGUGAUAGGUGCUGUCUGCAUGGGCCAGAGGCACAGUCAGAAGUCAGCUCCUGUGAGCAUCCUCUGCCCCCAUUCCUGAAGGAGACUUUACAGGGCUUUUAAUCUCCCUGUAUGCCCUUUAAAAUUAAAAUGAAAAAUAAUGAAUUUUUCUAAGUAUUCAUACUUUAUAAUUUAAAAGCAAGUUAAAUUUUUUUCUUUUUUUUUUUUUUUUCGGAGCUGGGGACCGAACCCAGGGCCUUGCGCUUGCUAGGCAAGCGCUCUACCACUGAGCUAAAUCCCCAACCCCUUAAAUUUGUUUUUUAUAUGGCCCUGGCUGUCCUGAAACUCAUUAAGUGGCCUUGAACUCACAGAGAUCUACCUGCCUCUGCAUCCCAGGUGCCACACAUAACUAAAAUGUAAUAUUUUUUUAAAGAUUUGUUAAUUAAUUAUGUAUGUAUGUAUGUAUGUAUGUAUGUAUGUAUGUAUGUAUACAAUGUUCUGCCUGCAUUUAUGCCUGCAGAUCAGAAGAGGGCAUCAGAUCUCAUUAUUGAUGGUUAUGAGCCCCAAUGUGGUUGCUGGAAAUUGAACUCAGGAUCUCUGGAAGAGCAGUCUUAACCAUUUAACUCUUAACCUCUGAGCCAUCUCUCCAAUCCCCAAAUUUUAAUAUUUUCAAAAAUUUUAUGUAUAUGAACAUUUUCCCUGCAUGUAUUUCUGUGCACCAUGUGGGUGUGGGUGCAGCACCCACAGAGACUAGAAAAGGGUGCCAGGUCUCCUGGGAUGGGAGCUAUAGACAGUUGUAAGCCACCAUGUGGUUGCUGAUCAAAUCCAGGUCUUCUGGAAGAGCAUCUGGUACUCUUAACUGGGGAGCCAUCUCUCCAGGCCUCAAAUUCAUGUGGAUGGAUGGAUGGAUGGAUGGAUGGAUGGAUGGAUGGAUGGAUGGAUGGAUGGAUGGACAGACAAACAGAUAGCGGGCUGGAUGAGAGUCGAGCCAUUGCUGCCCGCAGUUAUCUAAAUACUGUGGCAUAGAGCUGGUUGCUCUUUGUUCCCUGGGAGAAGGAUGGGGUCCCAGGUUGCCGAUCAGUUACACUUGUGUGUUUACUCAGGUACUGAAGAGCUGUUCCCCAGAGCUGCCAGCUACCCUGCAUUCAGGCAGAAAAUGGCUCUGUAGUUUGUGCCUUAUGAUGCGGCCACAGGAGAGCUAGCAUGUAGAAAUCUCAGGAGCUGGCUGGGUUUAAGGAUGUAAGUGUUGGCUAUCUAGGUUUUAAAGGGGCUUCAAGCCAGGCGGUUAACCACCCACCUGAAGCCUCCUGCUGUUUGUAAAAUUUACCGCACUGGUUCACACACUAGACUGCUUCACACACCCCCUUCUGAACUAGGAUACAAGACAGAAGAACUGGUCAGAGGGUUUGUAAAGAUUACCAUCAACACUGGCAAAGCUCUUGUUGGAGAGCAUGGACUUCAUUUGUGGAGAAAUAGGUUCCCUACUGAGUCCAGGACUCACAUCACUUCUGGACCGCCUGCCAAACCUGUACUGCUGCCCUUCCCACAGAACCGCCACACGGGGGCAGCAUACACAAGCAAGAGCUGGCCCUACCAUAGAACAGCCACACGGGGGCAGCAUACGCGAACAAGAACUGACCCUACCCCAGAACCACCACACGGGGGCAGCAUAGAUGAGCAGGGAUAACCUUACUUUCUCUGGUAGGCUCUGUGGUUGUCAGGAAUGGGUGGGCAGGUGGUACACAGCAAGGUAUGCCCUGUCACAUAAACCCAGUGAGUCGUCCCUCUAACCAGAGAAAAGAGAAGACCCAUGCUGGCAGAAGGCCUCACCAACUCCAGGAGAAGAGAGGCUCUUCGGCCUGCCCUGUCUGCUUAUGCCUUGUCGGAGCUGGCAGGUGGAUCCAAUUGCUCCCGGGAUUGGUGCUGGCCUCAACCAUGUUACGAGCAUCCUUGGCACCUGAGAAGUUGAAGGAUGUCCCAUUACUGCCCUCCCUGGAUUAUGAGAAGCUGAAGAAGGAUUUGAUUUGGGGGAGUGACCGCUUAAAAGCCUUCUUGUUGCAGGCUCUGCGCUGGCGCUUGACCACAUCCCAUCCCGGAGAGCAGAGGGAGACAGUCCUGCAAGCCUACAUCAGCAAUGACCUCUUGGAUUGUCACAGCCACAACCAGAGGAGUGUGUUGCAACUCCUGCACUCCAAGAGCGAGGCUGUGCGGCAGUACAUGGCCAGGCUCGUCAACGCCCUGGCAUCCCUGGCUGAAGGUCGCCUCUACCUGGCCCAGAACACAAAGGUGCUACGGAUGCUGGAGGGAAGGCUGAAGGAGGAAGACAAGGAUGUCAUCACGCGUGAGAAUGUCCUCGGGGCCUUGCAGAAGUUCAGCCUCAGGCGGCCUCUGCAGACGGCGAUGAUUCGAGAUGGCCUCAUCUUCUGGCUGAUUGACCUACUGAAAGAGCCCGACUGCCUGUCCGACUACACACUGGAGUACUCUGUGGCUUUGCUCAUGAAUCUCUGUCUCCGAAGUGCAGGAAAGAACAUGUGUGCUAAGGUGGCAGGACUCAUGCUGAAAGUUCUUUCGGAUCUCCUUGGCCAUGAAAACCAUGAGAUCCAGCCAUAUGUGAAUGGAGCCCUGUACAGCAUCCUGUCUAUCCCGUCCAUUCGUGAGGAGGCCAGAGCCAUGGGAAUGGAGGACAUUCUUCGAUGCUUCAUCAAAGAAGGCAAUGCCGAAAUGAUCCGCCAGAUAGAGUUUAUCAUCAAGCAGCUGAAUUCCGAAGAUUUACUGGAUGGUGUUCUUGAAUCCGAUGAUGACGAGGAUGAAGAUGAUGAAGAGGAUCAUGACAUCAUGGAGGCUGACUUGGACAAAGAUGAACUGAUCCAGCCCCAGCUUGGAGAACUCUCAGGCGAGAAGCUUCUAACCACAGAGUACUUGGGAAUCAUGACCAACACUGGGAAGGCACGGAGGAAAGGGCUGGCCAGUGUGCAGUGGAGUGGGGAUGAGCCCCUUCGUCGGCCAGUCACCCCUGGUGGCCACAGGACAGGGUGCCCAGUGGUAGGAGACCAUCUCAUUUCUUCCCAGAAUGCCCAACAAGCCAGAAAUGGUUGCCCGAGGCCCAUACCAGUCGCUCAGCCAGAUGACUACAAAGAGGGCAAACGAGGUGUUGCUGGGCGUGCCACGCCCUCGUCAUCAGUUAUGGACCACAAGCCAAGAGAGUGGCUACCAGCUGGACACCAGGAGUCUCGCUUGAUCCCCACAGCAGCCCUCAGUUGGCCAAGAGAGGUGAUCCAGGACCCAAGCAGUGGACACACCACCAGGGAAUUCACACCAGCCUUCACCUACAAGGCCCAGAUACCCAGUACUCCAGAGACCGUGGAGCAGAAUCCACUCAAGGCAAAAGCAUUGUCUCUGGCCCCUCAGUUCUCCUCAAGUGGCCCCCAGCAGGCCAGACGCCCGGCUUCCCCAGCAUCUUCCACGAGGGCCUGCACAGCAGCCAGUCCGUCAGGAAAUGAAGAUGGCUUCCUUCCCAAGCUAUAGUCCGAGGACCCAUCAGCUUCCGCCUCUCCACCAGCCAACAGCUGCAGGUGAUGGAUGUGAAGAGACACUUGUCUCCAUGAUCCUGGGUAGCUGAGAAUCCUGGAGUGCCAGCCCUGCAGGCUGCCCUGGAGUUGAAGCCCUACCAUCUGGGCACCAUCUCCUCAGACAGAGCCAUGGCAAGAGGGUUGGGAGAGGCCUGGACUGCCCUCCUGGUGAGAGGAGUUCCCUUGUCACCCUUUGCACCCAGAGGAGAAAAGCUAGGUAGCUUUGGAUGGGGGUGGCAAAUUCUGGACUCAAGCUUCCCUGUCCUUCAUAGAUUCCAAGCUAGACACAAAGCCACCCCAGGGAGAACAGUAUCAUCCAGACUGAGAAGGAUGUGCCAGGAGUCUUUUCCCAGAUGCCUGGCCAGGAUACUUGGUGAAAGGUGGCCCCACACUUCUCAUGUGAACCAACCACAAUCAAGUGAGGAGGACAGGGAGCCCAUUCUCCAGGCAUAACCUUCAGCUGCCUCUAAACAAGUCGUCCUCAAACAGCAGGGACUGAAUAUCAGACAUCCUGCAUAUCAAUAUUUACGUUACAAUUCGGUAAAAUUACACUUAUGAAAUAACAAUGAAAAUAAUUUUAGUUUGGGUUGGGAGUCACUACAACACAGAGAACUCUAUUAAAGGGUCACAGCAUUAGGAAGGUUGGAACCACUGCCGUAAACCUUGCUAAAGAUUAUAAAUUCGCAGGUGAGAAUACGGUCACACCGCUCAUGUACAAAGUUCUAAAAAAAAAAAAUCAAUUUAAAGACAAGAAUAUGCUGCGGGCCCAAGGAUGUAACUCAUGGGGAACAGCACUUGCCUAAUGGGCACAAAGCCCUGGUCUCCAUCUUUAGUACCACAGAAACCAUAGGCUGUGCUGACCACCUGCCAUUCAGCACAAGGAAGGUCAUCCUGUGCUACAUAGUGAGUCUGAGGCCAACCUGGGCUACAUGAGACCUGUCUUUUAAAAGAAGAAUGUGGUAUGAUCUAGCCUACAAGAAUAGACUCCAUUUCCUCAGACGGUUGUCUGGGUUUGUUGGUUUUUAUUUCAUGUCAUGUUUAUGAGUGCUUUGUCUAUAUCUGUGUAUGUGCUCGUGUGUGCCUGAUGCCCACGGAGGCCAGAAGGUCUCAGAAGCUCUUGCACUGGAGUUAAGAGCCAUUGUGGGCUGAGAAGAAUCUGCAAGAGCAACAGAUUCUCCGAACCACUGAGCCAUCGCUUGGCUCUUCUUCACAGUUUUAUAGACUUUAACCAGUCUGCCUCCUGACCCCUGGCAGUCACACCUCCAUCACUCCAGAAAUACAUGCCUCCCUCUCUGCUCUGAGGAAGAAGGCUGUGAGCUAAGGGCCCGAAGCACCCUCUGACCUCCCAGCUCCGCCUGUGGGUGCCCAAAGUAACUGGGCCUGAAGUAUAAUAGAGAGAUGCGGCAGGCAGAGGGCUCUGGAACGGAGUGGCUCUGGGAUGAAAUCUGGGGAUGAAUUUCAAAGGAGGGUCAUGAAGAAGGCACUCCACCCACCAGCCAAGAUUCCUCAGGUGCCAGUGCCUGGCACAGCCUUUCCCUGCCUGGUGUGGGAGCAGCAGACACCUAGGCUGGGGAGAGUUGUCUUUUCAGGCCCCUGGAAUGAAGGCAACAGCUGUGUCUCCCUCAAGCCUGCAGCUGAGCGGAAGUCAGAUGGCUUACAUCUGUCUGGUCCUUCAGAGAGACAGGGGAGUCUUGCAUAGGCCCAGCACACUGACAUCACCAAGCAAGGUGUGAGUCGUUCUCUGAGAAAUUAAGCAUCACCCAGGCUUUUUACCGUGCUCCCAGCACACAUUCUGAAACUGAAACUCGGAAUUGUCCUGUUUUUAUUAGGGUUUUCCUGUGUAACCCAGGCUGGCCUGGAACUUGCUAUAGUUCACGCUGUCUUCAAACUCCGGAUCCAACAGCCACAUGCUUUCUUAAAGAACAUUGCCAACUAGGGACUAGAGAGGUGGCUCCAUGGUUAAGUGUGUCCUCUUCCCACAGAGAAUCUCAACACCAGCACCGCUGUUCCGUCUCCUACACAGACACAUACGAAAAAAUAAAAUAAACCUUUGACAGCUUUUUUUACAAAUAA